UAACUUUUCUUCUCCAGAUGAAAUAAAACGGCAGUGUCCUCUACAGCAUUCAUUCAGUUCAUUCAGUGAUGAUGAGACAAACGUUUGUGUUGCUUACCUUCGCGAGUUUCGCAUCUUUUCUGCUGGCAUGUGACCAUCCCAUUAAACACUACAUCACCAUGGGGUGUAUUCCGAGCGAGCAAAAGACAGAUAAGGGAUGCCCAUUGAGCUAUGAUUGUCCAAAUCUAACAAACCGUCAGAAGGAUAAGUGCUACCUUCUCGGGAAAGUAUAUGAUAUCAACGAAAAUGUUCCUUCUGAGGAGACAUCAGAGUUUUGCACAGCAUUAGUGUCAUGUAAUGUUGGCAACGAAGGUCGACCAGCAGCCUUUAUUCAUGCACACAUUGAUUGCCCGGAAUUUUUCCGCCCUCGUGAACCGGAUUGCGUCCAUCAAUUUCAACCAAGCAGCUGUUGUUCUUCAGGAAAAGUUUGCGGAGAUGAUAGAGCAAAAUUAGCAACAUGUUCAAUCGGUGACAAAUCGUUCCGCGAAGGUGAGCAAAUGCAUAUAUCUGACAAACCGUGUCAGACUUGUAUUUGUUCAGCUGAAUUUGAUCUAACCAAAACUGAAGAGAACGCUAAUUGCUAUGAAAAUAGGUGUAGCUUUGAAAUUCAUGAAGUAGAUAAACUUUAUGGAGGCGGUGCACCGGUGUACAAAGACGGCUACUGUUGUCCUUGGUUCUGGAGAUUGCCAAAGGAAACUGACAAAGUGAAGGUGGAAUCCAACAACUUAAAUAGAUCGGAUCACGCUUGCAAGUAUGGAAACCUCACACUGGGAAUAGGAGAUUCGUUGGAAACUAUCAAAGACAAUCAAGAGACUAUCCAAUGUACUUGCGCUAUUCCACCUCUAGUAUACUGUCGAACAGACUAAUGUGUUGAAACAUGUCCUACAUCGU